CAGCUUCAAACAUUUUGCGAUGGCUCUACUCUCCUCCACACUACGCGCUCCACUCGUCUUCUCCAAAAACCCUAAACCCGUCUCUCUCUCUUCCCUUCACUCUCGAAUCUAUCUAUCUCCUCGCUCUCCCAGGUUCCCUUCCCUUCGCUUCAUCUCCGCCGCCGGCGAUACCGGAGACGCCGAAAAGCCAUCUUCCAAUAUCUCCGACGAGUGGGGCGAGGGGUCUGAGCCCGAAACCAAACCGUUCACAUAUUUCAAGCUUCCAGAUUCGGAUCCUCCCAAGGACGAGGAUGAAUGGGGAAAAGGAGCGGCAGCUGGAGCCGGAAGCUAUAACGACGCCGGGAAUGGAACUCCAACUUUCGUUGCCGAAGCUUCGCCGGAGGCGGAGGCGGAGGAUGGAGUUGAUGAAAAUCUUGAGGGGCUGAAGCGUUCUCUUGUUGACACUGUGUACGGGACUGAGCUCGGGUUCCGAGCUCGGUCAGAGGUUCGAGCUGAGGUGUCCGAGUUUGUGGCUCAAUUGGAAGCUGCUAAUCCCACCCCCGCUCCGGUUGAGGAACCUGACCUUCUCAAUGGGAAUUGGGUGCUGCUGUACACAGCAUCUUCUGAACUGUUGCCACUUUUAGCAGCAGGAUCAUUGCCUUUGUUGAAGUUGGAUAAGAUUUCGCAAACAAAAUAUAGCUUAUCUUGUUUUGUUUAG